UCCGCAUUUUUACUUCCCGGCAACAUUGUGCCGUUUGUUGACUUUACGCUCGUUGCUUGGCGUGGGGUCUGCGCCUUUUCGAAAGUUUCUUCCUCGGUGCGCCUUCUUUUCCGUCACUUCGUCCAUAGUGCACGAUGAAUAAUCCUACAAGGUCGUCAGGAGUGCACUGCGCUGUUUUCGGUUGUUCGAACAAUCAUCGCAAGAGGAACAAUCAGAGACAGCAAUUGUGCGCUGCUCACUUGCAAACGCCCUGCGAGUGUGGGAUAGUUAAGUUCCACCGUGUCCCCAAGGAUCCCGAACUGAAAAGAAAGUGGCUCUCCGCGCUGAACCGCAAGGACUUCAAGCCUACGGAACACACCCGGGUGUGCUCGGCGCAUUUCGUGACUGGGAAAAAGACGGGCGAGGAUAUCGUGCCGCAGCUUAACCUCGGGUAUGCGCGGAAGGUUGUCGUUGGGAGACGCCGUUUGGUGCGUGACGCAAGUGAGAAACCGCUGAUCACUAAGAAGCAAAGACUCUCCUCACAAGCUAGCUCUGGAGCUGUCACCGACUGUACGCAACCCGCCGAGCAGGUCAACGUCUCGGCCUCGACGUCACAACCAACUGCUGCUGAGCACACGGUCAUCGACUGUACGCAAGCCGCCGAGCAGGUCAACGUCUCGGCCUCGACGUCACAACCAACUGCUGCUGAGCACACGGUCACCGACUGUACGCAAGCCGCCGAGCAGGUCAACGUCUCGGCCUCAACGUCGCAACCAACUGCUGCUGAGCACACAGUCACCGACUGUACGCAAGCCGCCGAGCAGGUCAACGUCUCGGCCUCGACGUCACAACCAACUGCUGCUGAGCACGCGGUAGGUUCAAGUUAA